UGACUGACAUUUUUGCCUCGCGCUGGUGUUUGCGUCGGUUCAAAACUCGCUGUUUAGCCUUAUAUUUACGAUUUUUAUUCAUGUUUACGACCUCGUAGUCACACUUAAGGUGUAUUAUAUAGACCAUAAUGUUAUAUAAAAGAUGGACUACACUUCCUUAGUAAGAUAAGUUAUGUGGCGCAGAGUGCAACACUUUGUUUAUUCACCAUUGAGAAUUGUCGUUUUUUAAAAUGGUUUUGAAUUUGUAAUUGUUUGUAUUUAUAUUUACUUUUUUAAUUUAAGUUCUGCUUUAGCGAUUCCGACGUGCAUUUGGUUUAAAUAGAUGGGUUUAAAUGGCGUUUUUAAAGCAUUUAGAUGAUGGAGCAUAGUGAGUACAGGUCGAUUUAUAUUUUUAAAAGUUAACUAACGUUGGCUGAAAAUGUUGAAGCGUGGAGCAGGUGGCAAAAGCUACAGUCCGUACGCGACGAGUCAGAGAGUUAAGAAAAGCAACAGCAAAGGUAAACUGGACAUCUUGCCAAAUAGACCCAACGUUUGGCUUAAACAGCUUUCUGCUCUUCAAGAGCAGCCACGGAAAGAUGUGGUCGAUGGCGCUCCUCAUCACACCUCUGCCGGUUCUCCUUCGAUCCUGGAGGUCCCGAAUUCCUGUCCGGGAACCCCCUUAAACCAGCACAGUAAGAUGGUGGGCUGCCCGUCCCCGAUGGGAACCCUGAAGCGGCCCACUUCUCUGAGUCGCAAUCCCAGCGCGGCCGGCUUCCCGAUCCAGUCUUGGGUCUUUAGCAAGGGUGCAGGAAAAUCCAUCGUUGCCCAGUCUCCUUCACCGGAUACCCCAGAGACCCCAAUGGCUAUUGAGGUUGAGGACAUUCCCCCGUUGCUCCGUAUUGUGGAACGAUUCGCGAAGGCGGUGGAGAAACUGAAAGAUGUUGUGCUUGAAGACAAACAGGACAACCGACGACCGUUGGCUCACGAAUGUUUGGGGGAGGUUUUGCGUAUCCUGCGACAGGUCAUCAGUAUGUACCCACUUCUGAACACAGUGGAGACCCUCACUGCUGCUGGCAAACUCAUUUCACAGGUCAAAGGCUUUCACUAUGAAGUGAGCAAUGACGCACAGAAGAAAGAUUUCGAGAAGGCCAUCGAGACCAUUGCUGUAGCUUUUAGCAGCAAUGUUUCUGAAUUGCUAAUGGGAGAAGUGGACAGCAGCACACUGUUGUCAGUGAUGCCCACUGAGAAAAGCAGGUCUAUGGAGAACCUUUAUGGCCACGAGUCUACACACACACGAAGUGACUCCUCUGAACUGGUAUGGAGCUCAGAAGAGGUGGACAUCAUACUGCAGCGCAGUGAAGGUGGUGUUGACUCUGCUUUGACGUACGCCAAGACCAUCUCCAAAUACAUGAAGGACCUAAUCGGCUACGUUGAGAAAAAGCUUGCACUGGAGCUGGAGUUCUCCAAGGGUCUACAAAGGAUCUAUCAGUCAUGCAAACAAACCAUCACACAGCCGCACAUGCCCUUCUUCUCAAUCUACUCUUUGGCUCUGGAGCAAGACCUGGAGCAGGGCGCUGGGAUGCACCAGGCAGCUGCCACCCUACAGAACCAAACCUUCAUCAUGCCUCUACUGCUCCGCAAACAAGAGCAUGAGAAGAAACGCAAGGAAAUCAAGGAACAGUGGUUGAAAGCCAAGAGAAAACUGAUGGAGUGUGAUGCCAAUCUACGCAGGGCUAAGCAGGUCUACAUGGCCCGUUUUGAGGAAUUUGACAAGGCGAGGAUGGCGGCUAACAGGGCUGAAGAAGAAGGUGGAAGCUCUACCACCAAAACGGUAGACAAGAAGAAACGACUAGAGGAGGAGGCCCGUAACAAGGCUGAGGAGGCAGAGGCAACGUACAGAACCUGCAUUGCCGACGCGAGCACACAACACCAGGAGCUGGAGCACAUGAAGGUCACGGUUCUGAGGCAAAUCCAGGAGGUCAUCAAACAAAGCGACCAGACCAUCCGCUCGGCCACCAUCUCUUACUACCAGAUCAUGCACAUGCAGACCGUAGCUCUGCCCGUUCACUAUCAGACGCUGUGCGAGAGCAGUAAACUGUACGAUCCCGGUCACCAGUACGCCACGCAUGUCAAAGACCUUCAGAUGAACGAGGAGCCCGAGACCCAUUACGAUUUUGAGCCUUAUUCCGCCUCCACUAUCCAGCCAUCAGCCAGAGCCCGUUCUGACAGCGGCAAUGUUGAUGCUCCACCCGCUAUUGGAGAGACAGGAGAUACUCAGAAAGAUGAACAGAAGAGAUCUCGAGGUAACAUGACCCACAAAUCCUGGGGAUCUACAGUGAGCGAUACAGACAGUUUGGGUGGAGGCAGUGGUCUUGGAUCUCCCACUAUAAGCACAGGCGACAUAAGCAAAAUAGUUCGGACGUCAUCCACGGGAACCAUGUCAUCGAAUGAAGACCCAGAUGAGAGGGACUCAAAUAUCGCUACCUUUGACACUUCAAAUAUAAAUGGUAUCGAACCUGAGAUAGCAGUGCACACCGGGCCAUUUCGAAACGUAGGGUUGUCGAAAGCCGCUCAGACGCACAAACUACGCAAACUGCGCUCCCCGUCCAAAUGCAGAGAGUGCGACAGCUACGUUUAUUUCCAGGGAGCAGAGUGCGAGGAGUGUUUCUUGGCCUGCCAUAAGCGCUGCUUAGAGACGUUGGCUAUUCAGUGUGGCCACAAGAAGCUUCAAGGCCGUCUCCAGCUCUUCGGCCAGGAUUUCUCCCAGGUGUCCGCCAACAGCCCUGACGGCAUCCCCUUCAUUAUCAAGAAGUGUAUCGGUGAGAUCGAGAGACGAGCUUUGAGAAUGAAGGGCAUUUAUCGAGUGAACGGUGUAAAGACACGGGUGGAGAAGCUCUGCCAGGCCUUCGAGAACGGCAAAGAAUUGGUAGAGCUGUCGCAGUCCUCGCCACAUGACAUUAGCAAUGUGCUGAAGCUUUACCUGCGUCAGCUUCCAGAGCCCAUCAUGCCCUUCCGUCUAUACAACAGUCUGAUGGGUCUGGCGAAGGAAAGCCUGGCAAUCGUGGGUCCAGAAGGUGCAGAGGCCGGUAAAGGACCCGACCUGAUGAACCUUGGGCCUGAGACAGACCCUGAACUUCUGGUAUUGGUGGACAGACUUAAAAAUCUGCUUAAAGAGCUUCCCAAAGCAAACACCAUAACUCUCCGCUACUUAGCGCGGCAUUUGAGAAGGAUUGCAGAGCUUGAAGACGACAAUAAAAUGAGCCCGAGCAAUCUAGGUAUCGUCUUCGGCCCCUCGCUGAUGCGCCCUCGGCCCUCAGGGGCCACGGUCUCCCUGUCCUCUCUGGUGGAUUACCCGUACCAGGCACGCAUAGUGGAGACCCUGAUUGUGUUUUACCCCUCCAUUUUCCAUUCAGAUUCGGGACGGCCCACAAGCACCAGCACAACCCGCUCGUCGUCUCUACAACAGGAAAGCAGUAUUGAUGGAGAAGAAAACUGUUUGAAUGACGCUGAAGAUCAAGGGAUGGUGGAUAAACACAACAGUGCAGAAUCAGACAAGAUGGAGGGCCAUGCAGAGAUCUCUGCUGGAAGCACGGGUUCACUGGAACACAGUCUGGAUUUAGACUCUGAUGAGGAAUCAGGGAGGGGUGAACGGCAACCCCCCAGCCCUACAGACCCAUCCCAUGACGGCACCACCAAAGAGCUCACGAGCCCACCUAUCCUACUGGUGAACCUGCAAUGCACCUCCGGUUUGGACAUCAAGCCCCCUGCCCUCCCUGAAAGUGAACCUCCAGAGUUAGAUGAACUGGAAGUACCAACAGACUCACUGGCAGCGUUAAAUGUCAACGAGUCUGACAAUACUACCUAAACAGUCUGAAUUUACCCUCAGACAUAGCCAAACAAAGGGGUAUUUCCAUAUAUAUAUAUACACAAGAGAAAGGACCAUGAGCCAGGUUUUUAUUAAAAUCAAGUGUUAAAAUGAGUAUUUUUGAUAUUUAAAAUAUUGUAGCUCAAUCUUUGCUUUUUAUUUCAGAUUUUUUUAAUUUACAGGGAAUUUCGACUUGCUGUACACUGUGUAAUGUGAUCAUGUACAUGGUUAUGACAGUGUGUUAUAUUGAAAUGGCUCUGUUGUUAAAUUUGUGUUUGUCUUUUAAUAAUAAAUUUUAAAAUAAUCCAUAAAAGCAGAAACUAAUGCAAACUAACUGGCUUGUAAAACUAUGCAGUUACAUCAUAUUCAAAUAAGAUGUAGAUCCUUUUUUUAGAUACGACUCUCAGUAUACCACAGCACAUAAGACAGACAGACUAUAUGUGCGAGUUAACUAUAGUU